AUGAGCGAUGCCUACGAGCGCGAGCAACAAAACAAUGCGCUCCUUAACUCUCUCUCAUCAAAGGUCUCCGCCCUCCGGUCCGUGACGAUCGAUAUCCAUGACAAUGCGCGGGACCAGGACACCCUUGAUCAUUCGAGCGAAGUGUUCUCCUCAUUCUCGACGAACCUGAAAGGCAGCGCCACUCGACUGACGAUGAUGGCAAAACAAGGUGACACGGUCGCCGUCCUCAAAAUCGCGGGCAUGUGCAUAGCGGCGGGAAUAUUGAUUUAUAUGAUUCUGGGAUGGAUCUUUUAG